AUGGAUCCCGGGUCUGCUCUUAACCACCAUGUCCUCAAGAAUUACAUCCCGUUUGCUUAGAACAUCAGCAAAACCAAAGGCUGUCACGAAACAGGAUCUACAUAUAUCGUUGCGGUCAUGGUCCAGAAGUCUAUCGUCCAGUUCACCACGGCCCGCUAUGCACCAAGGGCCUACACUUGCUACCUCCUCGGGUAUUCAUGCACGGCAAGAAAGUCGUAGCCAUAAUCUGCAUCCUCAGCUAAGCCGAUCCAUGUUCAUACAAACAGAAACCACUCCGAACGACGAUUCUCUAAAGUUCAUACCCGGAGUAUCUGUAAUGGGCGAAGGAACGGCUGAAUUUCUUGACACUCGUUCUUCACUGUCUUCCCCUCUGGCUAUUCGCUUGAUGGGCGUUCAGGGUGUGAAAGCUGUCUUUUAUGGGCCCGAUUUUGUCACUGUGUCAAAAGACAGCGAGAAUCCAUGGGCCGUUCUAAAACCAGAAAUAUAUUCUCUACUCAUGGAGCAUUUCUCUUCUGGUCAACCUUUAUUCAGAUCGCAGGAAGAGAGGGAUGCAGCUGGACCACAGGACACCAAGAUUCUGGACACCGACUCGGAGACAGUUGCUAUGAUUAAAGAAUUACUAGAAACGAGAGUACGGCCAGCAAUAAUGGAGGACGGGGGAGAUAUUGAAUACCGUGGGUUGUCUGAUGAGGGGUUCGUCAAAAUUAAGUUGAAAGGUAGCUGUCGAGGAUGUGACUCCAGUACCGUGACAUUGAAAUCCGGUAUCGAGAGAAUGUUGAUGCACUACAUUCCCGAGGUUCAGGGCGUAGAACAGGUUUUAGAUGAGGAGGAGGUAGUUGCAUUGGACGAAUUCGCAAAGCUAGAGCAGCGCCUAGCACAGAAAGAAGAAUUGAAGAAAGAGUCUAAGUGAGCCUCUUCGGCCCUGUUUAUGCAAUAUCACAUUCCCCGUUGACCGUCUCGUUUGUGCACGUAGAAUGGCAAAGUAUAUGUCUAUUUGACGUAGUUGUAUUAUACCGCAUACAACGAAGUUGGAUCCUAUUCAGCAGUUCAC